AUGUCCGACACCAGUCAAGAUACGUUGUUGCAGCGCCUUUCAGGAUUUUUGACCACAUAUGGUACUCUCCCAACGGAUAUAGACUUCGGUGAUGAACUUACCGAAGCCCAUAAUCUCAUUGCUGAAUGUUUGGAGGCUUUCACCAAGCCUUCCGAAAUCCCCGAACCCGUUAUUGACACGGCCCAAGAAGAGGUCAUUAUCGGCCUCACCAAGGAACUCGAAGCAGCUGACGAAAAGACUGCCGAUCUAUUGCAAACCUCGUCCGAAUGCCAGGAAGAGUCUACCGAGACUAUCCGGGGCCGCGAUGAAGUUAUCGUUGCUCUCAAGGGCGAGCUUGAGGAGUCUAAGGCCGAAGAGGAGGAGCUUCGGUAUCGCCUGGCACUACAUCAGGAAAGUCUCGCCAUCGCUGACGAGAACCUUGCUGAUGUUGAAGAUGAGGUUCUUUAUAUCACCUCUGUUGCAAAGGCCUGGGAGGCCCAAGCCAAUGCCACUAUUGCUGACCUUCAUUCUCGUAUCUCCGUUUCUACCGCUACAGUUAAAUCCCGCCAUGUCUCCAAGCCUCGUUACCUGGCUCCUCGCGCCAAAGAUCCCCGUUUCAUUAGCAAUUGGCGAGAAAGGUCACUUGAAAAUGGGUCCCCAAAGCCGGCGUUAAAAGCCCCGCCACCUGUUUCUGUUCUCCCUGCUGCUGCUGUGUCUGAGGAUAAGAUGUCCGAAGACUCUCUUGUUGUUACCUGUUCCGUCUCUCAGAAUCCCGACUCCUUCGUUCCCACCUAUUCUCUCAUCGAUACGGGAGCAUCAGGUUAUGCGUUCAUCGAUCAAGGUUUUGUGAAAAAGCAUGGACUUUCCUUGGAACCCCUGAAAACAUCACGCCUACUCGAGGUAAUCGAUGAUAUCCAUGGCCAUCAGGAAACUGCUUUGUUUUUCGUUACCCAUCUAAGUCACUAUCCGAUUGUGAUGGGAAUGCCUUGGAUGCGGCAACAUGAUGUUACCAUUCGACCAAAGGAAAAUCUACUUAUUUUUAACUCUCGGAACUGCUGUCAACACUGUUCACUCAGUGGAACGGCGGUUACUGUCCAUGGCAUAUCGAUCCCCUUACCAGAAUUUCAUACAGUUGUCAGCUCAGUAGCUGAUAAGUCCACCACCGACGUCAAGCAACUCGUACCAAAGGAAUUCCACCAUCGCCUUCACAUGUUUAAAGAAUACGAUGCCUCAGUCCUUCCACCUCACCGACCCUCCCAUGACAUUGAAAUAAUUUUGGAAGAGGGUAAACGACCACCGUAUGGACCCAUCUAUGGCCUGUCGCAGACUGAAUUGAAAGCAUUACGGGAAUAUCUUGAUGAGAACUUACCCAAAGGAUUUAUUCGGGCCAGUGAAUCACCGGCGGGAGCACCUAUACUAUUCGUAAAGAAAAGUGAUGGGACUCUCCGACUAUGUGUGGAUUACCGAGGCCUCAAUGCGAUCACGGUCAAAAAUCGGUAUCCGUUACCACUAUUAAAGGAAACUUUGGCUAAACUUUCGAAGGCACAGUACUAUACCAAGUUAGAUCUACCUUGGGGAUACAAUCAGAUCAGGGUAGCGGAGGGAGACGAAUGGAAAACGGCAUUUAGAACUCGAUAUGGACAUUUCGAGUAUACAGUAAUGCCGUUCGGAUUAGCCAACGCCCCCGCCACCUUUCAACAUUGGAUUAAUGAUAUCCUACGGCCUUAUCACGAUCAAUUUGUCACGGCUUAUUUGGAUGAUAUCCUAAUUUAUUCGGAAACUUUGUCAGAACAUAAGGAUCACGUCCAGAAGGUUUUGAAGGUACUUGGUGAGAAUCAUGUUCACCUUAAACCUGAAAAAUGUGAAUUUAUGGUCCAGGAAACGAAAUAUCUCGGCCUUAUUCUCACUCCGGAUGGGAAUAGGAUGGAUCCGAAGAAAGUUGUUGACAAAAAUGUCAAAUUCGAAUGGACGGAUGAAAGGGAGGAAGCAUUCCAGACAUUGAAAAAGAUGUUCACAACGGCACCCAUACUAAUGCACUUUGAUCCGGAUCGGAAAAUCGUGGUAGAAACCGAUGCAUCCGACUAUGUUUCUGCUGGAAUCCUGUCCCAACGUGACGACGAAGGAAUUCUACAUCCAGUCGCUUUCUUCUCUAAGAAACAUUCCCCUGCGGAAUGUAACUAUGAGAUCUAUUACAAAGAACUCCUGGCAAUCGUACGAUGUUUUGAGGAAUGGCGACAUCAUUUAGAGGGGGCACAAUUCCCAAUUGAAGUUCUUAGCGAUCAUCGGAACCUCGAAUAUUUCAUGUCAACAAAGUUAUUAAACCGUCGACAAGCCCGUUGGUCGGAAUUUCUUUCACGUUUCGAUUUCGUCAUUCAAUUUAGACUAGGAAAACAAGGGGUGAAACCAGAUGCAUUGACUAGGAGGUCGGGUGACCUGCCUAAAGAAGGGGAUGAGCGGUUGACCCAUCAGAGUCAAGUGGUGUUGAAGCGAAAAAAUUUAGAUGCAAAGCUAAGUUUGUUCGCGGGUUCUUUUUCAAAUGAAUCCGCUGAAGAAAUGUCCACUGUAGAAGAGUUGUUUUUAAAUGCUUACCAAGUUGACAGUUUCCCGAACAAAGUCCUUGCAAUGCUACGGAAUGGCGUCCGUUAUUCGAAUAAGAUUUCGCUUGCCGAAUGCACUGAAGACAAUAACGGUCGGCUACUUUAUUGUGGCGCACUCUAUGUACCGGAUGACGACGAUCUUCGGCUAAGACUCCUAAAGGAACAAUAUGACAAACCAUCGGCAGGCCAUCCAGGCAGAGCGAAGACUUUGGAACUCUUGAAUCGAGAGUACUACUGGCCACAGAUGCAAAAAUAUGUCGACCAGUACGUUAGGAAUUGCAAUGUGUGUGCCCGUAGCAAGGCACUACGCAAUGCACCUUAUGGGGUACUUCGACCUAUGCCAAUACCCCAUGGACCAUGGAGGGACGUAUCAAUGGACUUCGUUACUGACCUUCCGGAAAGCGAUGGAUAUAAUGCGAUAUUGGUGGUAGUGGAUCGACUAACCAAGAUGCGACAUCUGAUUCCCACAACUAAAGAGGCGGAUUCAAAAGAAGUAGCGAGGUUGUAUAUCGAUAAUGUUUGGAAAUUACAUGGACUCCCUGAAACUAUAGUAUCUGAUCGAGGAACACAAUUUGUUGCGGAAUUCUGGAUGUCCCUUUGCGAUCGUUUGGAAAUAUCGCCAAAGUUCUCUACAGCGUUUCACCCCCAGACAGAUGGACAAACGGAAAGAAUCAAUGCUGUGAUGGAACAAUACCUUCGAAGUUAUGUUUCUUAUCAACAGGACGACUGGGUUCGAUGGUUGCCAAUGGCCGAGUUUGCAACAAAUAACCAUGCUUCGGAAACGACCAGAAUCUCUCCAUUUUAUGCUAACUCAGGGAGGAAUCCAAGAAUGACUUUUGGUCCUUUGGAACACGGUAGGACGACAGCGGAGGAUCAGGCCAAUAGUAUUGCAAGGGAGAUGAAGGAUAUAUUGGAUUUUCUAAAGGAUGAAUUAUUUCGAGCGCAAAGGAUUCAAGAAGAGUCUGCCAAUAUACGUCGGACUCCAGCACCUCACUAUCGUGUGGGGGAUAAAGUUUUCUUAUCGACCAGCCAUGUCCUUACCAAACGAUCAUCGAAGAAACUCGAUUGGAAACGCAUUGGACCGUAUGUCUUGAAACGGAUCGUUAGUCCUUACGCCUAUGAAUUAAAACUUCCCCAUUCUAUGAAGGUUCAUCCUGUAUUCCAUGUCUCUUUAUUGUCGUCUGCAGCAAACGAUCCUUUACCAGGACAACAACAGUUACCACCACUGUCGGUCGAAGUUGAAGGACAGGAGGAGUGGGAAGUCGAGGAUAUUUUGGAUUCCAAGGAUCGUCGGGGAAGAUUUGAAUACUUGGUUAAGUAUGCCGGUUAUGCCGAAGCUUCGUGGCAGCCAUUGUCGGAUGUCGAACAUUCGCCCGAUAUUGUCAAACGAUUUCACGAACGAUAUCCACGGAAGCCUAAGCCUACCGAGAGAUAG